GGGGUUGUGGGGAGAGCAGGAGGGUACGGGGUCCCCGUGGGGCUCCCAUCCCACCCAUAGGGCCCCCAUUGUCCCCGUAGUUUUCUGUCCUCUCCACAGGGUCCCAUCCUCCCCCGUGGUCCCCAUCUUCCCCACAGAGCCCCCAUCCGUCCCUCGAGCAUCGGGAGCAGCGCUCUGUAGGAUCUGCUCCUCUCCCUCCCCACACGAGGAGCUCAAUUUCAAUCAGCCAUCAGCAGAGGCUCCUCCUGUGCUUCAUUCUAACCCCCUCCCCUCCCCACCCCGUCCCCCAGCAGCUGUAGGAUAUGAACAGGAUCCGGAUCCACGUCCUGCCAUCCAACCGCGGCCGCCUCACCCCCAUCCCACGGCCUCAGGAACCUCAGUGCUGCUCCUUCAGCCAAAGGCAGUGCUCCCAACCCCGCCUGGAGGGCCACGACUUCUGCAUCAAACACAUCCUCGAGGACCGCAGCGCUCCCUUCAAGCAGUGCAGUUACAUCUCAGCCAAGAAUGGGAAGCGCUGCCCCAACGCUGCCCCCAAACCAGAGAAGAAGGACGGUGUGUCCUUCUGUGCUGAGCACGCCCGCAGGAACGCCUUGGCUCUCCAAGCUCAGCUGAAGAAAUCCAACCCCGGACCCAUGAGUGAGACGCUGCUGUGUCAGCUCAGCUCCUAUGCCAGGACAGAGCUGGGCUCCCAGAGCACCGAGAGCGGCCGCAGCGAAGCCAGCCGCAUCCUGGAUGAGGACAGCUGGAGCGAUGGUGAGCAGGAUCCCAUCACAGUGGAUCAGACGUGGCGCGGGGACCCGGACAGCGAGGCUGACAGCAUCGAUAGCGACCAGGAGGAUCCCUUGAAGUGAGUUUGGUGAUAACGGGU